UCUCGGGACGCGUGCGUGAGCGUCAUGGCGGACGUGGGGAAGGUCAGCUCAGGCGUUUUCGCCAAAAACGCCAAGAAGCGGAUCACCAGGGCCCAGGAGAAGGUGCUGCAGAAGUUGGGAAAAGCUGAUGAGACCAAGGACACACAGUUUGAACAGCUGGUGCAGAACUUCAGCAAGCAAUAUGGUGAAGGAACCAGGCUACAUAAAGAAGUCAAGGCCUAUCUGGCAGCAGUCAAAGCCAUGCACGAGUCAUCCAAGAAGUUGAUUGAAUCGCUUCAAGAGAUUUACGAGCCAGACUGGUAUGGAAAGGAGCUCAUUCAAGAUAUUGCGGAGCGGAACAAUGAACUAUGGGAAGAUUUUCACCAGAAGCUGGUGGAUCUGGCAUUACUCACCCUCGAUAUAUACUUGGGGCAGUUUCCUGACAUAAAGACACGUAUUGCCAAACGCGGCCGGAAACUGGUGGAUUACGAUAGCACCAGACACCACCUGGAAGCCUUGACAUGCACGAGGAAGAAGGAUGACUCCAAAAUAAGCAAGGCAGAAGAAGAUUUUCUGAAGGCUCAGAAGGUAUUUGAGGAGCUGAAUGUGGACCUGCAAGAGGAGCUGCCAAUCCUUUGGAAUAGCCGUAUUGGAUUUUACGUGAACACUUUCAGAAGCAUUGCAAGUCUGGAGGAGAAAUUUCACAAAGAGAUUGGUCUGCUGAACCACGAGCUGUACGAGGUGAUGGUGAAGCUCGGCGACCAGCACGCUGACCUGGCCUUCAGCAUUCGAGGUGCACCCAGUGAUUCAGGGCCACUGAAGAUAACGGAGACCCCGUGUUCCCCGCCGGAGAUCACCGUGCAAGCCCCCACCUCCCUCUUCACGGGUGAUGAGCAGGCACUUGGUCCAAACCACAUGUCAGCUCCUCUCAAGUCUCCAUCACUGGGACGCAAGGGGCCGCCAGUACCACCACCACCGAAGCUUACGCCCAGCAAGGAAGUGCAGCAGGAAGCUAUCUUCAGCUUGUUUGAUGACAACUUUGUCCCAGACUUUAGCAGCGCACCGGCAGAAGCAGCUAAGAAGGAUGAGGGGAGCUUGUUGGACAUCGAUUUUGACCCUCUGAAGCCAGACAUGGCCACAACUCCCAUGAGCCCUGCCAUAAACCAGACGUUACUGUUUGAUCUUGCAUGGGAGGCAAGUCCUCAGCAGGUGCAACCUCCUCCUCAGCCUGUGAUGCCGGUUGAAACUGUGAUUCCCGUUGAGCCUGUGAUUCCCGUUGAGCCUGUGAUUCCCGUUGAGCCUGUGAUACCAGCGCAGCCACAAUCAGAGCCUGUGCAAGGCCAUACCAGCAAUUAUAUGUUCACGGAUUACUUAUUCAGUGAGCAGCCAGGUAGUGCAGGUGAAAGCGAAGAAAAAGCUUGCUGGAGUUGGGAUAAACAGGAGGAGCUUGAAGUUUCACUUGUCCAACAUGAGCAGUGUAAUUCUGAAAGCGAACCUUUUAAAGUCGUCCUUGGCUCGUUUGACGGCAGUGUCAGUGCAGAGUUUUCUAUGAAGAGUGAUUGUGCAGAUGUAGAUGUAGGAGAGAGAAGUGUAGCUUCUGCACAAUUAGACGAACAGAGUGGUGAGGCUAUGCAGUUUGAGAGUCAAUGUGUGUCAUCUGCCCCUGAUAAAUCUGAAAGUUGUGAACAGGAUGGAGAUAUUUUGGAUGAGCCUCGUCAUGGUGCUUUGCAGUUAGCAGAUGAUGUGUGUGCUAAUGUUGAGUCAGAUCAAGAGCAAGGUAGGGGUAAUGAAUGGUCCCUUGAAGUGAUUCAUGACACAAAUGACCAUUCAGAGAAGGAAUCCGAUGAUGAAGGUCGAGUUGUAGGUAGUCUGUGCUCUGCAUACAAUGUGGCUAGCAGCUUAACAUCAAACAAGUAUGGAGAUAAACAAUCGGUAAAAGAUGAAGGAGUGUUCGCUGACGAUCACAGAGAACACAUGCAUGCCACUGACGAGGUUGCAGCUGAAACAUUAGACAUUAUUCAGCCGAGUGCUGAAAAUGAGGAGGGCUUUGAUCAGCACAGGAGACAGAGUAGUCAACAGGAGGCAGAGCCAGAAACAGCAGCUGAAGAAGAGGAAUACAAGGAUUCCCAUAUUGCUGUGAGUACACCGCUCCAUACUGAUGCGGGUCAAAAUGUAGAUAAGGAACAGUUGAUAAGACCUAGAUGUGAGACAGCUGUGGGAGUUGCAAGUAAUCCUGAUGUGUCAGUUAAUCAAUCCGAAGUUGAAAAAACGCACAUCUCCAUUGCAUCUGAGGAUUAUAGUAUUGAUUCUGAGUUAAAAAAAUGUAUCACAUCAAUUCGUUUAUUUUCCGAUAACAGAAUAGCUUGUGAGAAUGAUUGUACUCUGAAACAAGAGGAUGAGAUGUCAGGUUGCGAGACACUUAAGAAUAUUUAUGCAACAGAAGUUACUGAUGAAAAACAUUUAGAUAUGUUAAACUUUUUUCCAGAUCAGGACAGUUGGUUGAAUGAGGCAUUUGCCAACAGAGGGGAUGAUUUUCAGGAAUUAAGCACUGAUUUAAAAAAAGUUCUUGAGGAUCCUUUGUCCUGUAAGGAUUUCAUUGCCUCAAAAACCCUAGUAAGUAAUAGCUGGACCCAGGAUGUGGACACAACCUCAGAAUUUGGCACAGCUGAUAAAAUAUACCAUCAGGAUAAUGUGAAUGAGCAGGGGCAUUCGGUGCCUGAUUGUAUGUCAGAGGUUGUUGGGGAAAGUUCUCGGGCAGAUGUUUCAUACACAAAAAGUGGUAAUGACAAAAGCAAAGAUGCCAAAAUACCUACAACAAAUACAGAUAACUGGGAUAGUAGACAUAGUAUGAAGGGAAGAAUUGGACAGAAACAUGAAGACAAUAUUGACAAUAUGCAAGAUAGACAGGAGGAGCUCCUCUUCAAAUCAGACGACAAAGAGAAAGAGGAUGUCAGUACAGCAGAAGAAACAAGCCAGAAACCUGCAUCUUGGGAUGAAACUAGUGAGACAAUGGAAGCAGCCAUGGGUCCUUUGGUUAAGAGCCCUGAAUCUGAAAGUGCUGUCGUUCCCGCUGAAAUGGAUGUCGUUCCCGCUGAAAUGGAUGUCGUUCCCGCUGAAAUGGAUGUCGUUCCUGCUGAGAUGGCUCCCAUCCCUAUGGAGACUCCCAUUGUGGAAGUAACUGCCAGCACCCCCACUCCGGUGGACUCUGGUCCAGAGUUGGACAUGGCAUUUGUGACCAAUGGAGAGGCUGAGGUUGAAGCAAGCAAGCAUGUUGACACAUCUUCAGAAAGCACUGACAUGCCCCCUGGAUUCUUGUACAAGGUGCAGGCCGAGCAUGACUACACUCCGCUGGAUGCUGACGAGCUGACUCUCCUGCGUGGAGAUGUGGUUCUCGUGUUGUCCUUUGAAAACGCCGACGAACAGGAUGCAGGAUGGCUCACAGGAAUCAAGGAAGCUGAUUGGUUGGCAUACAAGGACCUAAUGGGCCGUAAGGGUGUGUUUCCAGAAAACUUCACUCAACGUUUGGAGUAGUAGAGUUCUUUCAAUGGCUGAUUUUGCUUCAUCCACGUUCUUGUUUAACACAUCGACACACACAAAACAAUAUUUUCACAAUUGUUUUCCUGAUUUCAGAAAUGGUAUCAACUAAAUAUAAAACAGUUUUGUUUUUUGCAACUGCUUUGUUUGAAAGCAUAUCCCGAAGUACGUGUGACUGUGUUUACAUUGAAUCACCUUGGAAUCCUAUGACUGCAGAGUUUGAAAGUAUUUUGCCAGACAUGCAGUAUUACAUACCCAUCAUUAUUUAACAUAAGACCUUGUCUACCAGUUCGGUAUAGCAAUUUACAUGCUCCUUUAAAGUGACGUUACAAGUGCUCAAAUGUUAUUUGUUAAACACUUGUUAGUUUUAUAUCAUGAUUCACUUCUCGGUCAUGUUUUGAAAUAAUAUCAAGUGUUCCUACAUUAUGUGCAGUUCAAAGGUUGAAAAUCUUUGAAGUGUCAACUAUUAUACCAGGUAGGUAAGCAGUAUGUGAAGAUGCUUCUUCACUAAGCCAAUGUAGUACUGCAGGUCUUUUGGCAAGGAAGUUUUUUGUCUUUUUUGCGCAUGCUUAAGCAAUAAGGACUAACCAAUGUGCAUUUGAAAAGUAGCAAGGUUUAUUCAUUGGCUGAUUUUUCUCUCCUCUACAUUUGUAUAACAUACACUCGCAGAACAAUAUUUUCACAUCUUACUCAAAGGAUAUUUCAAAUAAUUCGUAAAUGGGCUAACAUCGGAGGAUUUAGGCAAGGUGUGAUUUGCCAACUUUCCAUUGGGGGAAAAUUAUAGUCUAACCAUCCCCAUGACUGACACGGAAUGCGGAAGCCUUCAUCCAAAAAAUAAUUGCACACAUAACAGGUAAUAUUGCCUCAAUUUGUUAUAUACACUUUCGAAUAAUAAUAAUACAUUUUACCUUGGGAAGCCUCACUGAUUUUCCUCAAUACUUUUUCAGGACGAUCAUUCUACAUUUCAAUGUUUGCCCAUUACCAAUAAUGGGUGUUUGACUUCUUGUGGGACAAAACUACAUGAGGCGGUGACAUCGAGGGAUUAAAUGAUCAAUUGAUCCUUAUGGCAGUACCUCGGGGUAUCAAAUAAUACAAAAUAGCCGAGGCAAUUCAAUAUUUAAUUUCUGGGACACUUUUCCAGGGGUGUACUUAAAUCCGCGACUGGGGUACCAAUCAAUCCGAAAUCAGUGCUAUGCGAUGUUGAAACGCGGCGAGGACGAUUGCGCUGAAACUCUGAACACUUGUAUGCACCGCAGUGCACCGUGUACAGCUUGUCGAGAUGAGUCGAUUGCCGCAUCGCCGACCAUCAACAGACUAAAAAUUACUGCAUCACGGACAUUGUGCGAGAGCCGGGGUACCGCCAUAAGGUUCAAUUGUCCUUCCAUCUUCUGGCCACUUUGCAGCCAGCCCCAAACCUAAGCAUUCAAGUAUGAACAAAAUCUUUUAUAUCCAGAGGGUAUAUAAUUAGCUCCCUCCCCGGGUAUGAUGGUUGAAAGUGUAGUCAUGGGGAUAAAAGGAUUUAACAGAAAGCAGAGCCCUGACUAUCAAAUCGCAUCCCAGUUGUAGAUGUGGAUUUCCUUAUUUGGAAAUUAUAUUAGAUCAUUGCCAAGGAGAAUGCACAUUUAGGUAAUAAUGUCUCCUACAUUGUUCAGGUGACAAUGACAAUGUAAUUUCUUACUUGGUCUCAAGGUCUAACAUUAAAUUACAUUUUUACAAGUCGGCAAGCCAUUGGUAUCGUGUGUUUACCAUAGUUAAUGCCGUAUAUGUGUUGUGGUAGUUAGGGUUAUGUUAUUUCCCUUUUGUGUAUGUAUGCAAAUGUGGUUAUAUUUAUAUAAAUAUGCAAUAUAUUAUUUGCCACUUAAAUGAAUAAACAAGUAAAAUGUUAAAUACUCCUUGUCUGAACAUAUAUGUAAGACAAAUCUGUCAAUAAAUAUAUUAAAUGCAAUCCUGUG